UUGAUAAAUUGAAAGAGACAGAAACUCAUUUAAACCUUGGGAAAAAUUUAGAAAAUGUCAGUUUAAAAAGAAAUUUUUAUUCAGUUUCUUUAUUCCCACUUUUUUUAACAUAUCAAAUGAAAGGUUAUUUCAAAUCAAAUCCGUUUGCCGCAAUGACUAUGCAUGAAGAAGACGGUGGUUCCUCCUCGGCAUCUAUAUCUCCUCAUUUGGAAGAAGACCCAGUCUUGUCCUUUCAUACUUCUCAAAGUUCUUGUUAUAUUCCUCCAACACAUCCCAACAUGCACGGUUAUAUCAAUGAAUACAACUACUACCCUUCUGCCACUCAAAAUUGUCCAACCGAAGAUCCCUCUUCCAUGUACGGCAGUUCAUUGGAUGGCCAUCCUUUCUUCUCUCCCAAUACCGUUUUUAGUGCCACGCCUUCUCCAAAUGAUUACACCGGGCAUCGCUGUAACACCAUGCCUCUUUACCUUGGUUAUCCGCAUAUGACUAACGGUGCUCCUAGUGAAAGCAGCGGCUCUGAUUUUGAACCCGAGAAGACUAAGCACGUGACUGAUCCUGUUGCUACCUACCAUCGUCGCCACAGUAGUGCUGAUGAUGAGGAAGAAGAAACAGAAAUCAAAAGAACCAAGAAGCCUUUGUGUAUGAAGCGACAAGUCCGAGAAAAGAGCAAGAAGCGCUGUAGUAACUGUCAUGCAAGUAACUCUCCUUCCUGGAGACGUAGUGUAUCCAAGCAUUCCAAGGGAGAUCUUCUUUGCAACGCCUGUGGACUCUAGUGAGUUUCUUUUUUCUUUAUUGGC